AUGUCGACUUCACUAUUUCCUGCGCCAGUUCCACGACGCAAGUACCCUGUAGAAUUUAAAGCUGGCAAACUUAAGCGAGAAGGAACGUCGAAUACAUUAAAAGCGGACGAGAGGAAAGGUCUUAUUUAUAUGGAUCAGGGAGAUGACUCAUUGAUGCAUUUUUAUUGGAAAGACAGAAAAACUGGAAAUGUGGAAGAUGAUUUAAUAGUGUUCCCUGAAGAAGCGGAAUUUAUUCGUGUAGAACAAUGUACCACUGGCCGAGUUUAUUUGCUCAAUUUUAAAUCAUCAUCCCAAAAAUUGUUCUUUUGGAUGCAAGAUGCAAAAGAUGAUAAAGAUGAAGAGAAUGUUAAUAAGGUGAAUAGAUUGCUUAAUGGAUUGACUGAAAGUAGGCAACAAGGUACUAGUAGCACUGGCCCACUGGGUAGUCCUUUUCGUACGAUGGAUGAUUUAUCCGGAUUUGAAGUGGAUCAGGAACAGAUAUUGCAAUUACUUCAAGGUCAUGGCGCCUUCGGUGGAAGUUUGCCCAUCACUUCUACUACUCCCGCUAGUGAACCACAAUCGACCACAGCUGCGACUUCAGAGGCUGGCUCUGGGGCACAAACUUCUGAAAACAUGCUUACUCCUGAGCAGUUAGGUAAUCUGAGAAAUAUUUUAUCUGAAAUACAAGUUCCCGAAGGUGUAAAUCAACAGUCUGAUGUGAAUCUUAUUGAUGUUAUUACACCCUCUUAUAUCAGCCCAUUAUUAAACAACCCUGAAAUAGCGUCUGCUUUGUUCCCACAUUUACCUAGUGAUAUCAAUAGAACGCCUGAAGAAUUACGAGAAGUUGUUCAAAGCCCACAAUUUGCUCAAGCUUUGCAGUCCUUAAGCAUUGCUUUACAAUCAGGACAGUUGGGUCCUCUUCUUACUCAAUUAGGACUUGAUCCAUCAGCAGGGAGUGGCGUUGAAGCGUUUCUUCGUGCAAUUCAAGAACAGGUGUCUAGACAACAAAGAAAUAAUCCUGAAGAGGAUAAUGCUGAGGAUCAAAGUGGCGAUCGUAUGGAUGAAGAUUAA